AUGAAGCUCUUCUACAUCAAAGCAGCGCCGCUCAACACGACGCUGCUUUCCUUUGUGGAUGACGGGACCAUUCUGGCCCAAUCCAAACAGCUUGAUGAUAAUAAUGUGGGUCUGCAUAAGGCUUACAAGAUUAUCUACCUUCUCUUUGUUGCUUUCACACUCGUUCUUGAACACGACAAGACCGAGUUGUUUCACUUUUCACGUCGACAAGACGCCUACAAUCCCUUGCUGGAUUUGGGGUAUGCCCUGCAUACCGGCGCCACUCCUUUGAAGCCCAAGACCUAUUGGAGGUACUUGGGCUUCUACUUUGACCGCGGGCUUACGUUUCAUGAACACGUCCGCUACUAUGCCACCAAGGCGUUCACCACCAUGCAGGCCAUGCGCAUGCUCGGCAACUCCACCAGAGGUCUCUCGCCUAAACAGCGCCACCUCUUAUAUCGGUUGUGUGUGGUUCCCAUUGCCACGUACGGUUAUCGUCUCUGGUAUUUCGACGGCGCCCAUAAUAAGGGCACGAUGACCCAGCUAAAACGGAUGCAGCGAAAAGCUGCUCUAUGGAUUACUGGUGCCUUCCGCACCUCACCCACAGGCGGUCUUGAGGCCCUCACUGGCCUCAUCCCCGUUCAUCUCAUGCUGAAGAAGCUGGCGACGCGCGCAGUGUAUCGCGUCGCUACCCUCUCAGACACCCACCCUCUCCGCUCCAUGAUGGGCGAGGGACUCCUUAAGCGAGCUGCACUACAUGCCCGCUCAUCCGCCUUGAUGACCCCAGCUAUGCGAGGGAAAGUCAAGAGCACCGUUAUGGAGGUGGACGAGCGUGUCCACACCUUAACUGAGAGCUUUGAGCCCUUUGCGCCUGAAGCUCGCCCAGGCGAUCGGUUACUGGACCGCUAUGCAGACCCGGUGCUCGAUGGCAGCCCGCUCACUAUCUACAAACACGACGACCGCCCCCCCAACCACGAGCCUUAUGGCUCAAACGCCGAAGCUCCCAUAAAGCCAGACCCACCUCGCGAAAACGGUGCAUCGGGAUAA